AUGGUUGCAUUCAAGUCCAUCCUCUUUCUCCUCGCCUUUGGCACAGAGGCUCUCGGUGCAACUACCGAAGUCAUCUGCGAAAGCAAAUAUGGCACAAAGAGUAUCGCUUCGAAUAAAGUCCCACGGGCUACUUUGACUGUGAUGAAUCAGAUCACGGUUAUUAAGAAGGUCAUUCGAAAAGUCAACAUUGUUGUCGUGCCCAGGGCAAAGACUACCACUGAGACCGAGACAGAGAUUCAGGUGACUACGACAUAUGCUGAUACGGAUGCCGAGACUGCUACUGAAACUGAGACUGAUAUACAAAUCACGAAUCGGGUUAUGCUGCUCGCGCGAACUUCGACAUCGGUAACUUCUACAACCACUACAAGGUACACCACUGCCACAAUCGCCGCACCAUCGGGCUUCGUCCCCAUCAAAGAAGUCCAAGGCUACAUCGCCAGAGUCAAAGCCCGAGGUCCCGUACCAAGAGCUACUACCGCGUAUCUUCAGCGCAUCGACUGCACCAAGAAGAUUCCUUCCACUACGACCAAGACUAUAACUACCACUGUCAAGGGAGCGAGAAUUACUCUUAAGCCCAAGACUGUUACGAAAAAGACUACGAGUAUCUUUGUCAUCACUGUGACGGAGUAUGGACCGCAGGUUACGGAGACGGAGACGGAGACUUUUACGGAGUUGAGGGUUAACCUUGCUCAGAGGACGCAGACUCAGACAAUACCUGAGACUGUCACCGUUGAAUCAACCGUCCCGGCUGAUCCCGUCUACGCCGCCUGCUCCGCCAACAACCUCGCCAGCACAGCCAACGGGGGUAAGAGAAUCGCCGACUUUAGCGCUUGGAAAGAAUAUAGAACCAUUUCUAUCUCUGGCCUUAAGAGCGCUUAUUCAUGCUGUGUUGAAUGUCAGAAGAAGCAGAACUGCUUGAUGAGUCGGUCAAGUGCUGGUGGUGCAACGUGCUGGUUGUACUUGAUGCCUAGUGAUGAUGCUUGUUCAGCGCAGGUUAACUGGUUGACGUAUCGCACUGAUAGUGGUGUUAGUGUGGAGUGGACUUAUAGUAAUGGACCUUGUGGGAGGGCUGUUAAUGGGCGGGAGUCAUCUUAA